GAGUGGUACGAAAAGUACCGUUUCUGUUGCUGCGCAAGCCAGGCACGUACUGUUGGAAUAUUUUUGAACGAGCAACAUGCAGCCUUUUUAUUAACAAAACGUCUUUGACAACAUCCACCGUGUUUUGGUCCCGUCUCAAAACUUUAUUAUCUCAAUGAAGGACGGGCUUCGGGGCGUGGUCUGUUCUACCGUUGCCGGUUUCUGAUUGGCUAGGAAAAUAUUAUUGGUUCCUCAUUGGCGCGCUGCAGGGAGGCUGUGUGGGCGUGGUCUCAGCGUACUACAGCCCGCAGUGAAUGGGCAGCGUCAAUUAGAGCCCCGGAGCGCAGCAGGCAGCGGAGGAGGGGUCGCGGGUCCGAGCGCAGCCGAGGCGAGGUGUGCACGCCCCGCCAUGCAGACCCUGGAGGACCUCACCCUGGACUCCGGCUACGGCGCCGGCGGCUCGUGCGGCUCCCUCAGCCUGUCCUCGUCCAGGUCCGCGUCGCAGGCGGGCGCGUGCGCCGGCGGCGCGCCCCCCCGGCCCGCCUGGUGGUUCCACUCGGGCUCCACGAACAGCCGCGCGGGCAGCUGGGACGCGGUGAACGCGGCGCUGCCCGAGGACCCGGAGGACCUGCUGUCGCGCUGCCCGCGGCUGCCCGAGCUCGAGGACUUCCCGUGGGCGGACGAGGAGGUGGGCGCCGUGCUGCGCCGCGCCGCCGGCGGCCGGGGCGCCUCCUCUUCCUCCUUCUCCGGCGACGCGGUGCGGCGGCUCUCGGUGCUGCUGCGCCGCUUUCUGGUGCGCGCGUCCCGCGAGGCGCAGCGCCUCAGUGUCCUGUACUGCCGCUGCGCGCGCGCCGAGGUGCAGAGCGCCGUGCGCCUCGUGCUCAGCUGGCCGCUCGCCGAGAGCUGCGUGGCCGCCGCCGUCAGGGCGCUUUCGCUGCACAGCAUGAGCGCGGGGAGGCGCGCCGCCGGCGGUACGUCGGCGCGCUGCGGGCUCGUCCUCUCCGCGGGCCGCUUCUUCCGCUGGAUGGUGGACACGCGCGUGUCCGUGCGCGUGCACGAGCACGCGGCCAUCUGCCUGUGCGCGUGCACCGAGGCGCUGACGGAGGAGGUGGGCGCGCGGGCGCUGGCGGCGGCGGCCGAGGGGGGUCCGCCCGGGGGGCACGUGGUGACGGCCGAGGCGCUCGAGAGCGCCGUGAACAACGACUCCGAGCUGUGGGGGGUCCUGCAGCCCUACGAGCACCUGAUCUGCGGGAAGAAUGCGAGCGGGGUGCUGUCGCUGCCCGCCCACUUCAGCCCCUACGCCGAGGGCCAGCGCUCGGGCGCCGAGAGCCGGGAGGAUGCCUACGCCCAGCUGGAGCUGCGCACGCUGGAGCAAUCGCUCCUGGCCACUUGUGUGGGGAGCAUCUCGGAGCUCAGUGACCUGGUGUCGCGAGGCAUGCAUCACAUGCAGCGGCUGAGUGCUGUCCGCCCGGGGUUGAGUCCCUCCCGUCAUCCCCGCCAGCAGCCUGUGUCAUGGGCCCCCGACGCCCUGCACACGCUCUACUACUUCCUGCGCUGCCCACAGAUGGAGUCCAUGGAGAACCCGAACCUGGACCCACCCAGGAUGGCCCUCAGCAAGGAGAGGCCCUUCCUGCUGCUGCCGCCGCUCAUGGAGUGGAUGCGGGUCGCGAUCGUCCACGCGGAGCACCGGCGCAGCCCGCUCGUGGACAGUGAUGAUGUGCGCCAGAGUGCUAGGCUGCUGCUGCCAGGGUUGGAUUGUGAACCCAGACAGCUGAGGCCAGAGUGCUGCUUCAGUUCCUUCCGGCGGCUCGAUGCCAAAGCAGCAGCGGACAAGUUCCAGCUGGACCUGGGCUUCCGCAUGCUCAACUGCGGUCGCACCGACCUCAUCGGUCAGGCCAUCAAGCUGUUGGGUCCUGAUGGUGUCAACAGCAUGGAUGACCAGGGCAUGACCCCACUGAUGUAUGCAUGCUCCUCGGGGGACGAGGCGCUUGUCCAGAUGCUCAUUGAUGCUGGGGCCAACCUGGAUGUGGCUGUUCCCAGCUGCUCCCCAAAACACCCGUCGGUUCACCCAGACUCCCGGCACUGGGCAGCCCUCACAUUUGCCGUGUUGCAUGGACACAUCUCCGUGGUGCAGCUCCUGCUGGAUGCCGGCGCCAGCGUGGAGGGAGCUGCUGUCAGGAACGGACAGGAGAGCUGUGCCGAGACUCCCCUCCAGCUGGCCUCUGCAGCAGGCAACUAUGAGAUGGUGAGCCUGCUGCUGGCGCGGGGGGCUGACCCCCUGCUAAGGGUUCGCGAUGGGGGGGUACUCGCCUCCUCUCUGUAUGAGGAGAUGAACUGCUUCAGCCACGCAGCUGCACAUGGACACAGGAAUGUGCUGAGGAAGCUGCUGACUCAGCCCAGGGAGGUAAAGGAAGAUGUGCUGUCACUGGAGGAGAUCCUGGCGGAAGGAGUUGAGGGUGACUGUGGUGGGCAGGGCGACCCUCCCAGCCCUGAGGGGGGUGUCCCGGGGCUCUGCAAGGCACGCAUGAAGGCACUGCAGGAGGCCAUGUACUACAGUGCAGAGCACGGCUACCUUGAUGUGACCAUGGAGCUGCGGUCCCUCGGUGUACCAUGGACGCUGCACGUGUGGCUGGAGUCUCUCUGCUCCGCCCACCAGCAGGGCAGCGCCACCCUGUCACUGCUGCGUGACUUCAGCUCCAUUCGGGAAGAUGAGUACUGCGAGGAGCUGGUCUCCACUGGUCUGCCGCUGCUCUUCGCCAUCCUCAAGGGCACCAAGAAUGAGGCUAUAACCCAGCAGGUGGCCUCCCUCCUGAGCCGGUGCUACGGGAGCGCACCGCCACCUGCCAUCCCAGAGGGGAAGCCCACUGUCUCGGCACUGCUUGACCGGCACUUCCUGAACAAUAGCGAGAUGUCAGAUGUUACCUUCCUGGUGGAGGGGAGACCCUUCUACGGCCACAGGGUGCUGCUGAUCACAGCAUCUGAACGGUUCAAGGUGUUGCUGGGCUCUUCAGACGCUGCUGAGGGCAUUGAAAUCAGCGAUGUGAAAUACAGCAUUUUUCACAUGAUGAUGUCCUACCUGUACUGUGGAGCUGUGCAGUCCCUGCCCCUCUCUGUGUCUGAGCUGCUUGAGCUGCUUGUAGCAGCCAGUUUGUUCCAGCUGGGGGCGCUACAGCGGCACUGUGAACUCCUGUGCUCGAAGUGCAUCAACCUGGACAACGCUGUCAGCGUUUACCGUACUGCCAAGGCACACGGCGCUGCUGACCUCACCUCAUUCUGCGAAGGCUACUUCCUGCAGCACAUGGCUGGACUUCUGGAGCAGGAGGCUUUCCGCAUGCUGCUCCGCUGGGGUCCGGGCCGGGACUCUCCUCUGGAUGAUAUGGAAGUGGCGCUGGCACGCAGACUGCGUUCGCUCUACGUGACGUCACGCGUCUGAGGGGGUCCAUGGUGGGACGGUGCCCCCUAGUGGCCAGAAAGCACCUGCCAGUGCAGUGACAGUGUACAUAUUUCAUUUUAAGCGCAAUGUCAGGGGGGAUGGUGUUUUCCACUUUAAAAACUAUUUAACACGUUCAGUGUCCAUCUGCAGCCGAGCAACUUAUGCAUGGCACCAUGGUCCAGCGUCUCCAAGCUUCACGCUGCUCCUGACGCAGCAGUGCUGUGUCCAGCUUCAAUAAAGAGGGUGUUGUGUGGGAAAAAAUAGGUGAAAUUUUAACCUUUUCUGUCCCGCACACUAGAUGUGCUCAAUUUAGAAUUUUUCUGAGGCAGGGUUGAUAAAUUUAUAUUAAGGUUAUUACUGCACCUAAAAUGUACAAACUUAGUGUCAGGGGCCUCAGGAACAUCCCUCUUCAGUGUACAGCAAUAGUCUGCCAACAAUUGGCACUCAGCUGCCUUGGUACAGUUUUUCCCUGUCCAAAAUGUCCCGGUGAAAUCUUUUACUGGUACGGAAAGACUACGGGUGACAGAAAUUCUGAAAACAGGCAUUUUUUUUCAUGGGACAAAAAAAGCUGUUCACCAGUGUGAGUCAAGAAAAUAAGAGCAUUAAUUACCUUUUGAAGGAUGCUGCUUCUUUCCAGCUGGCUAGAGGGAUGAUGACAAGGACAGUCCAUUUGGACAGGACAGACACUGCAAGCAGUAAAUUACCUUUUGGAACAGAGUUAAUGUAUCCAAAGAUUAUUAAAAAUAUGGACUUAAUAUCAUCCAGGAUACUCGUGGAGCAGUUGCCUUUCACCUCAAGGAGCUGGGUUCAAAUCCCUCCAACUGCUUAUUCAUUUAGCUGACACUUUUCACAAAAAAUA